AUGCGCUUCGAGGGCCCGCUGGAUGAGGCGCUGCUCGGCCUCCAGGAUCUCUUCGAGGCGGUCCUGCUCAGGCUCAAGCACGCCGCGCCUGCGGACGAUGCCGGCGCCGUGGGCGACACGGACGAGUAUGAACUCGGCACGGACGACGAGGUGGAUGCCGCCGCCAGGAUGGCCAAGACGCUGGCCGGCAACGACUGCCUGGACAUCUGCGUCGACAUCUACGUCAAGGCGAGGUACAGGAGAGCGGCCAAGGCGAUGAUGCGGCUGGACCCGGCGUACCUCAAGGCUUACACGGCGGAGGCCAUCGACGGCAUGGAGUGGGAGGCGCUGGAGUCGUCCAUGGCGCUGUGGAGCCCGCACUUCCACGUGGCCAUCGCCUCGGUGCUCACGGCGGAGCGCCGUCUGUGCGCGCGGGUGCUCGCGCACCUCCCGCCGGCGGUCUGGCCCGAGUGUUUCGCCAAGAUCGCCGCGCGCAUCGUGGCCGCGUUCUUCCGCUUCGCCGACGGCGUGGUCACGGCCGAGCGGGAGCCGCAGAGGCUGUUCAAGCUGCUCGACAUGUUCGACGCGGUGGCACGGGAGAGGGAGCGCCUCGACGCGCUCUUCUCAGGCGAGUCGGCAACGCUAGUCGCUAUCCGCGAGCGAGCGAGCGAGGUGGAGCGCGCCCUCGCGCGCGCUGCGGCCGGCGUGUUCUACGAGUUCGGCCUCCGUGUUGAGACGCACUACAUCGCCGGCGCCGGCGCCGGGACCGACGCCGUGCACGUGCCCAAGAUCGUCCGCUACGCCGUGAACUACCUGAAAUGCCUCGCGUCCGACGACUACCGCGGGCUCAUGGACACCGCGCUGCGAGCGGAGCGCGAGCGCGGGGGCGGCGGCGAUGAGGACGGGGGCGAGACGGAGGGCGGCGGAGGCCGCGCGGCGCUUGCGGAGGCGGCGUCGAACGUGCUGGAGGCGCUGCACCGGCACGUGGAGGCGGCGCGCAAGGUGUGCGCGGACGCGGUGGCGGGGCACGUCAUGGCGAUGAACGCGUACUGGUACAUAUACAUGCGCACCCGAGGGAGCGACCUGUCGAAGCUGAUCGGCGAGGAGCCCAUGAAGCGGCGGUACAAGACCUCAGCCGAGGAGGCGGCGUGGGAGUACCAGGACGCGGCCUGGAGCCCGCUCGUCCGGCUCCUCGGCGGUAGCGGCGGCAAGGCGUGGACGCCGGACGAGGCACGGGAGAAGGCGGCGGCGUUCGCGGGCGUGAUGGAGGAGAGGGUGAGGAAGCACGGGGCAGAGUACAAGAUCCCGGACGGCGACCUCCGGGCGCAGAUCAAGGCCGCGGUGACCAAGGCCGUGCGCGGCGCGUACGCUGGGUUCGUGAAGGCGAACGAGAAGGCGGUGGCCGGCGGGAGGAGGGAGCUCCUGCAGGUGGACGCCGUCGAGAGCAUGGUGAGGCGGGUGUUCGAGGCGAUGGGCGACGGUGAAGCCGUCGGUAUGGGCCGGACGAGGAGCAGCGGCCGGGCACGGCGGGAGAGCGGCAACAUCGAAGGGUUCGAGGCCAACUGAAGUUGCUACACACGCCAUGGAUUGCCACACAAUCCAGUUUCAGAGUGAAAUAAUACUCCCGCUCGAAUAUAUAUUUCAGUGCGCUACAUACACCCGUCCCGUGAAAUAACACUCCCGCUCGAAUAUGUAUUUCAAUGCUACAUACUCCUUCUUUUCUUUUCUUUUUUAGCAGAACUACAUACUCCCUCUGUAUACUUGUCGUUACCCAGCGACAACCUGUAUAACUAAGUACUUACGUUACCCAACAACGAAUAUUGCGGUAUGGAGGAAGUACAUCCGUUUGAGGGACAA